GGCGAGGCCCGGCCAGAACCCGCCCGAUCGCGGCUCCAGCUCUGUCGGGCGGGGAAGAGAGAGAGGAAGGGGGAAGCGAGUGGGAGAGCUAGCGCCGGGAGAAGGAGGCCGCCGGUGCGCGCCAGGAGGCGGGGUAACCGGCCCGGCCAGCACCCGGCCGCUCCCGCGGGCUGCAGGUGGAGCCGCGGAGGUAACCGCUUCCGCCGCCGCCUCCGCCUCCUCCUCUCCUGGGCCGCCUCCCAGGUCGGGAGGCUGCUGGCGCGGGACGCCGGGAGCUGGCGGACGGCGCGCGGGGCCCGCAGCUCGCCGAUGGCUGAGGGCCGGCGGCGGGAGGACGAGGACGAGGAGCUGCGCGAGCGCCGAGAGCUCGGGGGCCCGCGCCGCGCCCGGGGCCGUGCGCUCUCGGGCCACUCGGCCGCAGAUCGAAACGAACGCAAUAAACCAGAGCAUCGUUCUUCAAGCCAAGGACCCUUGUCAUCCAUUAGAGCAGUAAUCAAGAGAUCUUCUCGGACUUCUAUUCAGAGUGAGCUUCAUCGAGAUAGGAGGCGCCCAGAGAUCACCAUUGUGGCAGCUGAGCCUCUGAGGCCGGCCUCGUGGUUUCCAGGAGCCCCACCUCCAGGACUGGGAUUUUCCCCAUCUUCUGCAGCAGGCCCUUGGAGGGCCAGUGAGCUGGUUCCUGCUGAGCUCCCACCAUCCUAUGAACAAGUCAUAAAAGAAAUCAACCAAGUUCAAGUUAAUACUACAAAUAAUAAUAAUGCUGCUGCCACUCCAAGGCACACCAUUACUUCUGCAACUCAGACUGACUUUUCAGAAGAAAUAGACAACCAUCUGCCUCAAAGUAAUACAACACUACAGGCACCUCUCAAACCUCUUCAGCUUUCCCCAGCAGCCUCAGCCCAUGAGCCUCCGACAAAUGAGGCACCUUUAAUCAUCUUUGACAAUUCUGAAGAGCAGAAUUGUCCAGAAAACCCCAGUGUUACAAGAUGCCCAGUGCCAAAACCAAGAUCAAAAAGCAACCUCAGACCAGUAGCCAGAGAUACUCCCAUUAACGAGCAGAAUCGCCAGAAAACCCGCUCGGCAGCUGCCCAAGAGGAGUCAGCCCCGAGCCGGCCCCAGUCCCUGUUGGACGGUACCCACGACUUGGAAAGUCAGGCAGUGAUGAACAUUAUGAACGCAGAGCGAAGCCAAAACACUGUUGUUUCAAGGAUCAAAGCAUUCGAGGGUCAGACAAAUACAGAAAGCUUGGGGCUGCCCAAGAAGCCAGAAAUCGCUCCCCGCACGCUCCCCCCAAGGCCUGCUGUUGCCUCAGGGAAACCUUUGGUGGCUCCCAAACCAUCGGCUAACAGAGCUUCUGGAGAAUGGGACUCCUGGGCUGAAACCAGACUCCAGGUGGCCCCUAGGGAAGGGCUCACCCCACACCCCCCACCGCAGGAAGCAGGGAGCAGCCCAGCAACCAAACCUGAAUUGCCAAAGAAACCAAAUCCUGGCCUUAUACGAAGCAUCACUCAUGAGAGUCUGGGGUCGGUGGCCGAGAGCCCUGUUGGUGGGAAGAAAGCCCCAACUCCUGCCCCUCGGCCUUUGCUACCCAAGAAAUCAGUGUCCUCCGAAAACCCCACCUACCCUGCAGCUUUGCUGAAACCGGUCACUGUUCCUCCCCGACUCUCAGUGGCGUCCCAAGCCAAAGCGUUCAGGUCACUGGGAGAAGGGCCCCCAGCCAGCCCCCCGGUUUCAGUUCUGCAAAGCCCGCCUCCAGCGGACAUCGACCUCAUCAGUUUUGAUGAUGAUGUUUUACCCUUCCCAGCUGGGAACCUGGUUGAAGACUCGAUUGGCUCAGAGAUGGUUCUGGAUCCUUUUCAGCUCCCCACAAAAACAGAACCAACAAAGGAACGAGCAAUUCAACCAGCGCCCACCAGGAAGCCCACUGUGAUUCGAAUUCCAGCCAAACCAGGAAAAUGUUUACCCGAGGAGGAUCCACAAAGCCCACCUCCUCUCCCUGCUGAAAAACCUAUUGGAAAUACUUACAGCUCAGUAGCUGGAAAAUUCGGUAAUGCUGACAGAACUAGAAACUUGGCAUUUGACCAUGCUGGUCAGUCAGGAGGUUCUCUGCGAGGACCCCCGAGUUUGCCACCAAGACCUGUAAAUGGAAAAGUCGUACCAGCUCGACAGCUUCCUCCCAAGGGAGCCCCCGAGAGACCACCUCCCCCCAAACUUUCUGCAACCAGAACAUCAAAUAAAAAACUGCCUUUUAAUCGGUCUUCUUCUGACAUGGAUCUUCCAAAAAAACCAAGUAACUUGGCAUCUGGACUCUCAAAAACCAAGAGUCAAGUCUUUAAAAAUCAAGAUCCGGUGCUGCCUCCUCGCCCCAAACCAGGACACCCUCUCUACAGGAAAUACAUGCUGUCUGUGCCUCAUGGAAUUGCCAAUGAAGACAUUGUCCCUCAAAACCCCGGAGAACUUUCUUGUAAGCGUGGGGACGUACUUGUGAUACUGAAGCAGGCGGAAAAUAAUUACUGGGAGUGCCAAAAGGGAGAAGACUCUGGCAGAGUUCACCUGUCUCAGAUGAAGAUUAUCACCCCACUUGAUGAACAUCUUAGGAGCAGACCAAACGAUCCAAGUCAGGCCCAGAAGCCUGUGGACAGUGGUGCCCCUCAUGCUGUGGUUCUUCAUGAUUUUCCUGCAGAGCAAGUUGAUGAUUUGAACCUCACUUCUGGAGAAAUUGUUUAUCUUCUGGAAAAAAUAGGUACAGAUUGGUACAGAGGGAAAUGUAGAAACCAGACAGGUGUAUUUCCUGCCAACUACGUGAAAGUGAUUAUUGAUGUUCCAGGAGGAAGUGGGAAAGGGGAAUCCAGCUCAUCUCAUUGCAUUAAAGGCCCAAGAUGUGUUGCUCGAUUUGAAUAUAUUGGAGAUCAGAAGGAUGAAUUAAGUUUCUCAGAGGGAGAAAUUAUUAUUCUUAAAGAGUAUGUGAAUGAAGAGUGGGCGAGAGGAGAACUUGGAGACAGAUCUGGGAUCUUCCCCCUUAACUUUGUGGAGGUCAUUGAGGACCGUCCCACCUCCGGUACAAAUGUUUUAAGCACAAAGCUACCACCGAAGAUCAAAAAAGAAGAUUCUGGUGCAAAUUCUCAGAACAGUCUCUCUGGAGAGUGGUGCGAAGCUCUUCACAGUUUCACAGCAGAGACCAGUGAUGACUUAUCCUUCAAGAGGGGAGACCGGAUCCUGAUCCUGGAGCGUGUGGACUCCGACUGGUAUAAGGGCAGCCUGCGGGGCAGGGAGGGCAUCUUCCCCGCAGUCUUCGUGCGGCCCUGCCCAGCCGAGACAAAAAGUAUGGCUGCUUUAGCACUGAAGGGAAGGAAGGCUAAAGCCUUGUAUGAUUUCCAUGGGGAGAAUGAAGAUGAGCUUUCCUUCAAGGCUGGAGACAUAAUAACAGAGCUGGAAUCUGUAGAUGAUGACUGGAUGAGUGGAGAACUGAUGGGAAAAUCUGGAAUAUUUCCCAAAACCUACGUUCAGUUUUUACAAGUCAGCUAAAGGUGAAGCUUGACUGUGUUCCUUGGCACAGGAACUCACUUGAACUAUCACUUUGACUAUCAGAUAUGUUUUUGCACUAUUUUUUUAAACUAAAAGAAAUAUCUAUGCUGUAGGUGGUAUAUUAGAAUUUUCUGGAAGCAGAAAACACCUAGAUUUUGUCGUUAGCUCUCAGUCACAGUAGAAACGUGCACAUGGAAACCCAUGAGCAAGUAUUCUACCAAGGAGAACAUCAAGCAGAAUUAGCAAGGCAGGCAGACCCUUCCCCCAGGGAGAGGGUCUUCUGAGCGGGCAGCAUGGGGACACACAAGCAAAAGUUGCACUUAGACAUCUGUGUUCAUCAGCACAAGUCAAUUAACUGUGCUUCUUCAUUUUUAACUUUCAAAAGAGGAUGUAUGUUAUUCUACAUGCUGUAACCAUCAGGCCAUUGUUGGUCAUCUAAAUUCCAUUUUUGAUAUUGCAAUUAAUUCUAACAGCUUGAGCACAUUAUUCUUAUUACCAGGGCAAAACUUUGCUUCAGGAGGGGGGCUUCACUGACUAGUGGGGGCUCUUGUGAGCAUGUGGUGAAUCAGCUCAUGGUUCUUGUGUUACCAAGUGUUUCCCCUUUGUCCUAGUAUUUCAAGGGGGUUUAAAAAUGGGAUAAAUCUUAGUCAAAAGAACCAAAACCAUCCUGAAAUGCCUUGCUAAUACAACUAAUCCUUCCACAUACCUGCAGUACUUAUUUCUUUCCUCCAUGUACACUUUAUGUUAACAGGGUUAUUAUAAAGCACAUCUUCUAAAUCUACAAUCAUUCUUUUGACAAUUACUGGUACCCAAAGAAAAUUCAUUUUCUUUGAGUUACCCCAGUAAUAUAUAAAAGCUGUGUCUUGUUAGAGUGGUACAUUAUUAAUCGCAUAUAUCUCAGAAUUCACAGCAACUUGUUAAGAUGGAAAACAAUGCUCAACCUCCACAGCUGAUUCUUUCCGAUAUAAUCAGAGUGAAAAAUAAUUUGAGAAUCUGAAGGCUGAUAUUUUUGGGUUUUUUUUUUUCCCUCAGCUCAUCCCUGCAGUUAUUUGAGUAAAUAAAAAAACCACUUUUCUGCUAUCCAUUGUUAUGCAUUCCAUGCUUAAGAUAAAAGUGGUUCUUAUGAGACUGAAUCAAUUACAGUUUAGGGGCUUAAAAGCCAAAUAGGUCGAAGACAAUCUUCCAAACAGAUCAAUGGAAUAGAAUUUCAUUGGAAAUGUGAAACACUUUCCCAACAAUGUUCAUGACUUUCUUCUGUUUUUGAGAAGAGUUUGAUAUGCUGGGCCACUUUUUAGCUUUUGUUGUUUUUUCCAUUGUCUGAAAAAUUAGGCAGCAAGUGGAGAAGUCAUUAUGUGAAGACCACAUGGAGUUCUGUAAGGAAAGAGAUGUUUACUUUGUCUUUGAUUAAACUUCAUUUCCCGGUCUACUGUAACAAUUGAUUUUGGAGUAUGCGAGCUGUUUUUUUCCUACGUGUUUUGGGUAAAGAAGACAGUAUAACAAAAAUGCUUGUCAAAAUUUCACUCAAGAGUAAUUUCAUGAGAAAUGGAUGGCUUAACGCAUUAUCCCAACUAAAUUCCUAUUUGCAGCAGGCUUGUACGACAGCAGGAAGGUGGGAAGCGGGGGUAGUGUCUGAGAUAGGGUGUGAGGUAUAUUUCUUUGCCUGUGUAUUUUAACAUCUUAUAUCUAAGAUCAUGAAAACCUAGCUUUAUUGGAGGAAAGUAUUCCUCUUAAAUUUUGGCCUCUGUCAGCAGAAUGAUAAGUGCAAUAGUUGUAAAUCUACUUGACACUAUAAUAAACUGAACUGAACUUUUCAA